CUUUGUGGAAGUGGGUCAGCGGUGGGUCCGGGUCCGGGAUCGGGAUCGAGAUCGGGAUCGAGAGGGGGUCCUCGCCCCCUUGGACAGGGAGCCGGAGACGGAUUAUUCUCUGCGGGGCAACACCAACAAUUUCCAUUCAACCUGCGGUGAGAGGUUUAUUGGAAGAAAAACCCCAACUGGAAGCAAACCAUGGCUAAAGAUGUGGGAAUAGCAACAAGUGAACUGGCCCGAGGACUGAGAGCAUCAACUGGAGAGAACAACACUGAAUCAGCUGACUUGGAGUUCCCAGUGAGUCAGUGAGGAGGAAGUUUGUUAGACCUGCGGUGAGAGGUUUCUUGGAAGAAAAACCCCAACUAGAAGCAAACCACGGCUAAGACAAGGGAACAGCAACAAGUGAACCAGCCCGAGGACUGAGAGCACCGACUGGAGAGGACCCAUCUGACUCAGGGUUUCCAUUGAUUCAGUCAGGAGAAAGUCUGGAUAAAAAAUGAGAAGAAAUUUGUCUCCAGGAAUCUCAAACACGACACGCCAGUUUUGCUGUCUCCGUCUAGAUAUUUAAGAAGUGGAGCAAGGGAUUCAAUCAACCGUCCUUCCUGCUCAGACUAUGCGGAGGGAUUCACUUGGUCAUUUGAACAUCUAGCAAGCCCGUUAUUUUACACAGGAGAAAGGCCUUUCACCUGCUCAGACAGUGGGAAUGGAUUCACUCGGUUAUCACAAUUGAAGGUACAUCAGCAAGUUUACAAUGGGCAAGGCCAUUCACCUGUUCUGUGUGUGAGAAAGGAUUCUGUCGGGCAACCCACUUGUGGACACACCAGUCAGAUGACACUGGGCAGAGGCUGGUCAUCUGCUGAAUUUCAGGGAAGGGAUUCUUUCGGUCUUCUGACCUCAUGGCACACCAGCGUGUUCACACCAGGGCGCGGCCAUUCACCUGCACAGUCUGCGGGAAGGGUUUCACUGCAUCAUCCAACCUACAGGGACAUCAGCGAGAUCACACUGGGGAGAAGCCAUUCACCUGCUCAGUCUGUGGGAAGAGAUUCACUCAGUCAUCCCACCUACAGAGUCAUCAGCGAGUUCACACUGGGGAAAAGCCGUUCACCUGCUCAGAAUGUGGAAAGGGAUUCAGACAGAUAUCCCAUCUAGUGAUUCAUCAGCGAGUUCACACUGGGGAGAAGCCAUUCACCUGCUCGGACUGUGGGAAGAGUUUCACUCGGUCAUCCCGACUACUGGCACACCAGUCAGUUCAUACUGGGGAGAAGCCAUUCACCUGCUCAGUCUGUGGGAAGGGAUUCACUCAGUCAUCCCACCUACAGAGUCAUCAGCGAGUUCACACUGGGGAGAGGCCAUUCAUCUGUUCAGUCUGUGGGAAGGGAUUCACUCAUUCAUCCCAUGUACAGAAUCAUCAGCGAGUUCACACUAGGGUGAAGCCGUUCACCUGUUCAGAAUGUGGGAAGGGAUUCACUCAGUCAUCUGACCUGCAGAGACAUCAGAAAGUUCACACUGGGGAGAAGCCGUUCACCUGCUCAGAAUGUGGCAAGGGAUUUACACUGUCAUCCUACCUACAGAGACAUCAACGAUUUCACACUGGGGAUAAGCCAUUUACCUGCUCAGUCUGUGGGAAGGGAUUCACUGAGUUAUCCACACUACAGAGACAUCAGAGAGUUCACACUGGGGAGAAGCCAUUCACCUGCUCAGUCUGUGGGAAGAGAUUCACUGAUUCAUCCCACCUACAGAGUCAUCAGCGAGUUCACACUGGAGAGAAGCCAUUCACCUGCUCAGACUGUGGGAAGAGUUUCACUCGGUCAUCCCAACUACUGGCACACCAGUCAGUUCAUACUGGCGUGAAGCCAUACACCUGCUCAGUCUGUGGGAAGGGAUUCACUCUGUCAUCGACCUUACUGGUACAUCAGCGAGUGCACACAGGGGAGAAGCCGUUCACCUGCUCAGACUGUGGGAAGAGAUUCACUCGGUCAUCCCACCUACAGAGACAUCAGCGAGUUCACACUGGGGAGAAGCCGUUCUUCUGCUCAGUCUGUGGGAGGGGAUUCACUCAGUCAUCCCACAUACAGAAUCAGCGAGUUCACACUGGGAAGAAGCCGUUCACCUGCUCAGACUGUGGGUAGAGUUUCACUCGGUCAUCCCAACUACUGGCACACCUGUCAGUUCAUACUGGGGAGAAGCCAUACACCUGCUCAGUCUGUGGGAAGGGAAUCACUCAGUCAUCCCACCUACAGAAUCAUCAGUGAGUUCAUGCUGGGGAAAAGCCAUUCACCUGCUUAGACUGUGGGAUAGGAUUCACUCAGUCAUCACAACUACUGGCACACCAGUCAGUUCACAGUGGGGACUUGCCAUUGUUAUGAAUCCCUGGGUUUCCUUUGCUGUGGACUCUCAUUUUAAGAGAGAGAGAUUAAGAAGAUGAAUCAGUCUGACUUGCAGCCUGUUUACAUCGCUCAGCUUGUUUAGUUUUAACCGAGGACACAGACACUCAGAGUCAAAUGGAGACGAAGGAGGAAAAAUGGAAAGAUUGAAACCAGGGAUCUAGUGACCAAGGGUCACUGUUUAGAAGUUUCCUAUGCCCACAAGGUUGGGUUAAUUAUCGAUUCAUGUACAUCAAAUGUGUGGAUGUCACAUUGUUUGAUCCAUGGGAGUGGAUCUCAUUUGGGAUAUCCUGUGGAGACCACUUAUGUGUUAACCCUUGACUGGCUGUGGUGUGGUAGUUCACCUGAAAACAUACCCCUUGUGACAAGUCACUUUCGGUGAUAAUCAGUAUGUGGAUUUGGAAUGAUGACGGAUAAAUUCUACAGUGACUGUUCUUUCAUUUUACCACCAUGGAACCUGAGGAAUGUACACAUUUACAUAUCUACAUAAUAUCGACAUAUUUGCCUUCUCUUGCCAUUUAUCCUGGAUUACAAAUCUCUCUCUCUUAUCGCCUAUUCUGUAGUUGAACUGAACAUUCAUACUUUACCCUCUCAAGACUCCGAGCCUUGUUUCCCCCCGAGCUCAAUAGUUUGGGAGUUAUAUUUACACACAUUUAUAAAUGUACCACUAUUAACUUCUGAUUAUCUUGUUUAAGUUGCAAUAUUACAAGUAGAUUCUAAUAAAGACAGAUUUAAC